AAAGUGGGAGAAACCUAUUUAUUGCUUACAAGCAGUCAUCCACUUCUGCUCAGCCAGGUCUCUCGUGACCCUAGCUGUAAAAAGGGACACCACCAAACCUCUCUGGUCCAGAUAUGCCCUCACUCCCCCUACCCUUGUAACCACCUAUAUAUCAAUACGGAGAUGGACUACUUCUCUCCACCCCUUGUAAACACCUAUUUAUGUGGGGAUACACUAAAGCUAGGAGAGAGAAUCUGGAAAUAUUGCAAUUUUACCCACAAGUAUAAACUUAGAUUUUUAUAAUUUUAAGUAAAUAGUAAGUAUAAAAGCAAGUGAAUUAAAUUUGUUUAACUGAUUUGACCAGAAUUUUUUGUUAAAUAAGUUGGGAUUUUUUUCUUCUGAAAAUACUAUAAAGAAAAUAUUGCACUCAGGCUCUGAAAUAAAUUUUUUAAUUAUUUAAUUUGAAAAAUAUUUUCAUUACGGCAAUCUGUUGAAUUAUUAAAAGAAUAAAUGGAAAUGGAAGAGGGAUGAACAAAAGAAACUAAUAUUAUUUUGCAUAAUGAUGUGAAAUACUUCACUGAGGUUUGAGACUUACAAAUUAAGGAAAAGAAACCUAUUCUUUACAUAUUCAGCCUAAUUUAAAUACCUACUAAGGAUGGGUAGGUGAUACAGCUAGGUGGUAGCUGUCCAGGUAUAAGUGCAUGUGUGGACAUUACUGAGCAGAGGGGAGGACAGCUUCACGUCCAAGGGAUGAGGCUGACUCAGCUCCAGCCUGUUGUUGCCAUUUGGGAAUGCAGGGCCAAUUUUGCUAGUUCUUCCAGUUUUUAAAGAGAAGCUUAAAGUCUAUAUUUUUAUGUGAAAACUCCAGAAUUUUAAAUAGUCCCAAAAUUUUAAGACAGACUUUGUCUUUGCACACAUGUCUGGCUACAGAGUCAUUAAUUCUAUUUGAAACCUCUCAUUAAACUUUAGUGUGUCUGAGAAUAUUUAUCCUUAGGACAUGUGUCUGCAUUGUGCAUUGCUGCUUCAAUACUUACCUUGUGGAAACUGAGGAGAACAAGAAGGUAAGUCACACUGGAGGGUGUUUAAGCACUCGGUGAGCUAGUGGGAAAGUACUAGAGAUGUAUCCUCAAAGGGGAGAGGGGUCAGUGGGACGUGUCAAGCACACGGAGUUAUUCCUAAAUUUGCAAAGAUUUUCCUCUGUGAUGAGACCACCUGUGUUUGCUAAUUGACACCCAUAUUGAAGUUAGGCUCCUACCCUCCUACCCAGACUAGGAGAUACUGAUGCUGUCUCCCUUGAUUACAUAUCAAAGGAUGUGUCCGGGGUCCUUGAGGAUGGCAUUCCUGGGUUGCAAAACUGGCAAGAAGAUUUUAAGAAGUUCACAUCUCAAAGGGAGCAAAGAAAGGAUGUACAAUUGCAACUUGUGUAAAGUAAAUGCUCUAAGAAAAGGGAGGUCAGGGCCUAGGGUCAAAAGCCUGUCUAAAGUUCAGUCAAGCUGAGGGAAUGUUGAGGCCCUCUCAGUCAUAGAAUGAUGGUAGAUGUUGAUGUUUAGCAAGCUACACAUCAGUGGAUCAUAAACAGGUGUAAAUUCUAGAUGUUUCAGCCCUCAGAGACCUCUCCCCCUUUCUCCCACAUCCUCCAUACUGCCUAGCGUACCUGGAAACAAUGGUAUGCCAGCGUGGUGGCAAAGUAAAAAUUCUGUGCAUCAAAGACCUAGGAGGGGAAACCAGUGCUGCCCCUGUAUUCCCUCCAGGGGAAUCUGCCUGCCUGGGUUUCUACCAAUGGUGCUUAUAACUGCACCAGUAACAUGAGCUUCCACCAGCUGUGCAACCUUGGGCACCUUUGACUCUUUGUUUCCAAAUGGGCAAAAUAAAUAUAUACCACAAAGCAAAUACAUGAGGACUAAAUCUCUGUGUAGAGCACUCAACACGUGGCAUAUAGUAACAACUCAAUAAAUGUAACUACCAGUAUUUCAGCCAGUUCUCAUUUGUGCCAUCAUAUUCUUAUAGAAUGAUAAACAUAUUUAAUAUCAAUAAAAUACACAGAGAGGUGGAAGAAGAGAAUCAUGACUUAAAUCUACCAAAAUAGAGCAGAAAACAAAGUGUCUGCAAAGUGUGAGGCAGUAACCCCUUCCAAAGCACCAUGUCCUACUUGCAUAAUUCCACCCUAUUUUCUGCCCAAUUUUCCUUAAUCUUAUUCCUUCAGAAAUAAAUAUUUCCCCGCACAGAUUUAAAAUCUUCAUGUUAUUUAGCCCAAGGACAUAAUGCAUAAAUCUUUGUAGUAUUUCCUUUCUUAUAUCUAUCACGUGUUACGUUUUACCCAAUACUAUUUACUUUUUGAAAGCCAACUUGAGAGCUAAUUGACUUUUCAGGCAGGAAGUUCUUUGUAAAUUCUCCCUCAAAAAGGUUUUCUUUUGUUUGUAUCUUGGUAGCAAUUCUAAAGUUUUCAGGAUUUGGACUCUGGUAUUGUAAUCGUGAAGUGGUCUGUUUUCUCAUCCAAUGAGCUCUGCCUGUUUGUGGAUGUGACACUGCAGUGGAAGGAAGCCAAGAGCCUAUAGUAGUGAUCCUGGGGCAAAUUUAAGCAGCUGUGGCCAUGUAACUUAAAACCUCUGCGAAGUGUGCUGCAGCCCGUGCACGGCGUUAGUAUAACAUGAGGGCUGGAUGUAGCCUGUUCUCCGGAGGACUUCCUCGCCUGCUGCAAGAAAGAGAGGAUUGAAGGACAAACCUGGGUGCAGAUGGAAAGGUCCAAAUAGAAGAUCUUGUGGCAUCCAUUCCCUAAAUUCAGGGACUCCACUGUACCUCAGCUGUGUCUCACUGUUCCUGAAUUUUAUUAGUUAGUCUAACCCAAACUUGGAUUUCAAAGGAAUACUUUCAUUGUUCCAGCUGUCGCACGGAGUAAUUGGGGCCAGCUGGCUGUCAGAAUGCGUGUGGUUGCCGUGGUAAUCCUUCUCUUCUUUUGCAAAGCUGCUGAGCUCCGCAAGACGAGCCCUGGGGUUGCGAGAAGCCUAGUGAGUCACCGCCCAGCGGGUGGGGGCCGGCGAGGCUCCAACCCAGUCAAACGCAAUGCACCAGGCCUCGCCUGCGAAGUGUACACCUACCUUCGUGAGAAAUACUUAGAUUGUCAAGAAAGAAAACUAGUUUAUGUGCUACCUGGCUGGCCUCAGGAUUUGCUGCACAUGCUGUUAGCCAGAAACAAGAUCCGCAUAUUGAAGAACAACAUGUUUUCCAAGUUUAAAAAGCUGAAAAGCCUGGAUCUGCAACAGAAUGAAAUCUCCAAAAUUGAGAGCGAGGCUUUCUUUGGUUUAAACAAACUUACCACUCUUUUGCUGCAGCACAACCAGGUCAAAGUCCUGACGGAGGAAGUGUUCAUUUAUACACCUAUCCUGAACUACCUGCGUCUUUAUGACAACCCCUGGCACUGUACUUGUGAGAUAGAAACACUCAUUUCAAUGUUGCAGAUUCCAAGGAACCGUAAUUUGGGGAACUACGCCAAGUGCGAAAGUCCACAAGAACUAAAAAAUAAAAAACUGCGGCAGAUAAAAUCUGAAGAGUUGUGUAAUGAAGAAGAAAAGGAACAAUUGGACCCGAAAUCCCAAGUGUCAGGGAGACCUCCAGUCAUCAAGCCUGAGGUGGACUCCUCCCUCUGCCACAACUAUGUGUUUCCCAUACAAACGCUGGACUGCAGAAGGAAAGAGUUGAAGAAAGUUCCAAACAACAUCCCUCCAGAUAUUGUUAAACUUGACUUGUCAUACAAUAAAAUCAACCAACUUCGACCCAAGGAGUUUGAAGAUGUUCAUGAGCUAAAAAAAUUAAACCUCAGCAGCAACGGCAUUGAAUUCAUAGAUCCUGCUGCUUUUUUAGGGCUCACACAUUUAGAAGAGUUAGAUUUAUCAAACAACAGUCUGCAAAACUUUGACUAUGGAGUAUUAGAAGACUUGUAUUUUUUGAAACUCUUGUGGCUCAGAGAUAACCCUUGGAGAUGUGACUACAACAUCCACUACCUCUACUACUGGCUAAAGCACCACUACAAUGUGCACUAUAACGGCCUGGAAUGCAAAGUGCCUGAAGAAUACAAAGGCUGGUUUGUGGGAAAAUAUGUUCGGAGUUAUUAUGAAGAAUGCCCCAAAGACAAAUUACCAGCAUAUCCUGAAACAUUUGAUCAGGAUCUGGAAGAUGAUGAAUGGGAAAAAAUACAUAGGGAUCACACAGCAAAGAAACAAAGUGUAAGAAUAACUAUCGUGGGAUAACUUAGAAGUUGUUCUGGUUGCAACUAGUUUUGUAUUUUCUAUACUGGUAUCAGAAACCAUAUGUUUACAUUUUGAUUAACUGGGUUGCCUAUUUAUGCAGGAUUAUCCAGCUGUUUGCAGAACAGCCUUUGAUGACUAUUUCACACUAGUACACUGCAGAAGUUCGGUCCUAACGAUGGCAUUAGAAUUUCAUAAUGUCCUGUAUAAAUGUUUUUACUGCUUUUGAAAAUUAAAAAAAAAACAUUUUUAUAUGCCCUUCAGUAGCUGCUUGUAGAUACCUAAAGAUGAUCAAAAUGAAAAGAUACAACUGCUUAGUAAUAAAAAUAUCAUUCU